AUGAAAGGCAGUCAUAGAAAUAAAGAUUAUUCCGCAGAAGGAGAAGGAGCUGGAAAACGACCAAAACGAAAGUGCCUUCAGUGGCAUCCAUUGCUAGCAAAGAAACUUCUUGACUUUUCAGAAGAGGAAGAAGAGGAAGACGAAGAGGAGGAUAUUGAUAAGGUUCAACUUGUUGGGGCCGCUGGUCUAGAGCAAGAUGGUGAAACUGAAGAUGAUGAAUCACCAGAACAGCGAGCCCGGAGACCAAUGAAUGCAUUUCUCUUAUUUUGCAAACGUCAUCGCUCUCUUGUACGUCAGGAACACAGGAACAGGCUUGAUAACCGAGGUGCUACCAAGAUACUAGCUGAUUGGUGGGCUGUUCUCGAUCCAAAGGAAAAGCAGAAAUACACAGACAUGGCCAAGGAGUAUAAACAUGCAUUUAUGAAAGCAAAUCCUGGCUACAAAUGGUGUGCUACCACAAACAAGCCUGUGAAAUCCCCAACAUCCACUGUCAAUCCACGGGAGAAACUAUGGGCCUUCCCAUCUGACUCUUCAAGAGCCUUGCCAAGCCCCAAGAAAACAAAGCCUGAAGAAAUGCCUCAGCUUAACUUUGGGAUGGCUGAUCCUACUCAAAUGGGAGGCCUGAGCAUGCUGCUUUUAGCUGGAGAACAUGUUCUUGGUACACCAGAGAUAUCCUCUGGCACUUGCAGGCCUGAUGUUUCAGAAUCCUCUGAAUUGCGUCAGGAGUCACCAUUAUUUCAGUUUGCCGAGAUAUCUUCAGGUACCUCCCACCCUGAUGUUCCGUCAAAACAAUGUCAAGCAUCAGCCUUGUUUCAGUUUGCAGAGAUCUGUUUGAAGACUUCACAGUUGGGCGGUGCUGAACCUGUAAAACGCUGUGGAGAGUCUGCACUCUUUCAACUGGCAGAGAUGUGCCUGGCAUCAGAGGGGGUGAAAAUGGAAGAAUCAAAGCUAAUAAAAGCCAAAGAAUCAGAUGGCGGAAGAAUUCAAGAACUGGAGAAGGGCAAGGAAGAAAGAGAAAUGAAAAUGGAGAAAAUAGAUGAAGCCAGGUUCCAGAAAGAAGCAGAAUUUGAAAAAUCAGCUAAGGAAAAUGUAAGAGAUUCUAAGGAAUUAAGAAAUUUUGAGGAGCUGCGAAUGGAUGAUAUAAUGGGUAUAAAAAUGGAAGCUCCUAAAGCAAUUAAAAAGGAAGAAUUAGAGGAAGAUCAAAAAUGUAGUCACUUCCCUGAUUUUUCUUACUCUGGCAGUAGCAAGAUAAUAAUAAGCGAUGUUCCCAGUAGGAAGGAUCACAUGUGCCAUCCUCAUGGCAUUAGGAUCAUCGAGAUUCCCACAGCGUUAAGCAAACCAGAAAAGCUAAAAAAGGAAAAGAAGAAAACCAAAAUGGAUCGACAGGGAAAUGAUAAAUCCACACCCAAGAAGACUUGCAAAAAGAGGCAGUCCUCGGAAUCUGAUAUCGAGAGUGUCAUGUACACCAUUGAAGCUGUUGCAAAGGGAGACUGGGGCAUCGAGAAGCUUGGAGAUACCCCUCGCAAGCAGGUGCAUACAUCCUCGAGUGGCAAGGGAAGCAUUUUGGAUGCCAAGCCACCAAAGAAGAAAGUGAAAUCAAGAGAGAAGAAAAUGUCAAAGGAGAGAUCCUCAGACACCACCCAAGAGUCAAGACCUCAAGAUUUUAUCAGUAUUUCUGCCAGCAAGAACAUUUCUGGUGAGGUCCCAGAGGGUAUAAAAGCAGAACCUUUGACCCCUACGGAGGAUGCAUUACCACCCAGUCUAUCGGGACAGGCCAAGCCUGAGGACAGUGAGUGUCACAGAAAAAUAGAGACUUGUGGCUCCCGGAAAUCUGAGAGGUCUUGCAAAGGUGCUCUUUAUAAAACCCUGGUGUCUGAGGGUAUGCUCACCUCUCUGCGAGCUAAUGUUGGCAGAGGGAAACGAAGGUCAGGAAAAGGAAAGUCCUCUGAUCAUGAAGAGUGUUGGCAUGAAGAAAGCUGGACAUUUCACCAGAGUGGGACCAGUGGAAGCAAGAAGUUCAAGAAGACAAAGCCAAAGGAAGACUCUCUCCUUGGCUCAGCAAAGCUGGAUGAAGAAUUUGAAAAGAAAUUCAACAGCCUCCCUCAGUAUAGUCCUGUUACAUUUGACCAGAAAUGUGUACCUGUCCCAAGAAAAAAGAAGAAGACCGGACAUAUGUCCUCAGAACCGACCCAAACCAGCAAAGGAAGUGGGGAUAAAUGGUCAAACAAGCAACUCUUCUUGGCUGCCAUUCACCCUACAGAAGCCAUAUUUUCAGAAGACAGAAACACCACAGAGCCUGCUUAUAAGGUUACAAAUGCCCCAUCCAUUCCCAACACUCCAGAGCCAACAAGGGCGCAAGAACCCUUGGUGGGCAGUCAAAAGAGAAAAGCAAGGAAAACCAAGAUCACACACCUUGUCAGGACAGCAGAUGGCCGGGUAUCACCAGCAGGAGGUACUUUGGAUGACAAACCAAAGGAACACCUGCAGAGGAGUCUUGUUAAGGUGACCGAGACAGGCUGCAAUGACGCAUGCUCACACAACCGAGGGGCCACGGAGACGCGGAGCAGCACCCCGGAGAUGCCCGCCGUGUCUGCGUUCUUCAGCCUCGCUGUGCCGGCCGAAGUGGCUGCCAUGGAACAUGCAUAG